UUUCAGCAAACGGUGGUGUUUUAUAUAAAAAUAUAUUCAAGCUGCCGUUUUCGAAACCACCGGAACGGCGCAAAAGGUGCCGGAGCUACGAGUUCAACUUUUGCGGAAAUGAUCGAUGCGCUAAAAUUUCGAUCAAACUAAUAAAAAAUUGUUGAUAAAAUUGGUAGAUCGAUAAAGCGAAAAUAGGGGAUAAAAGACAAUCUGGAACCUUGAUUGCCACUGUAUACUUUAUUUAAAAAUCAACAACCUGCCUGCGAUGGAACCGGCAAGUGAAGUGGUGGGAUUGGCCAAUGAGUUGGCUCGGGCGGUCAAAAUCACUAUGGACCCAGCAGCUUCGCAGCAGGCACGAAUGGAUGCUUACGUUGCUUGUGAGAGGUUUAAGGAAGUUUCCCCUCUGUGCGCACAAGCCGGUCUUUUCCUGGUUACGGAAAACUAUCCCUCCAUAGUGCGUCACUUCGGGUUGCAAUUGAUGGAGCAUACCGUCAAGUUCAACUGGAAUAACAUUUCACAGCAGGAAAAAAUUUUCAUCAAAGAAAAUGCCAUGAAACUGCUUUGUGCGGGCGUGGGCGAAGCACAGGAUCAGAGCGUGUCGCACAUCAAGGACGGUUUGUCGCGAAUCAUCGUUGAGAUGAUAAAGCGCGAGUGGCCCCAGCAGUGGACUACGCUGCUGGCAGAACUCAGUGACGCAUGCUCGAAAGGUGUGUCUCAAACCGAGCUGGUGCUGCUGGUAUUUCUGCGCCUGGUGGAAGAUGUGGCCUUGUUGCAGACUAUCGAAAGUAACCAACGGCGAAAGGAUAUAUACCAGGCCCUGACGGUAAACAUGUCGGAGAUUUUCGACUUCUUUCUAAGACUCAUAGAAUUGCAUGUAGGAGAAUUUCGAAAUGCCACUUCAAUCGGUGCAAAGGACAAGGCUUUUGGCCAUAGCAGAGUUGUGCAGGUCGCUCUACUGACAUUGACCGGUUUCGUCGAGUGGGUGUCUAUCAACCACAUUAUGGCUGCCAACGGAAGAUUAUUGCAAAUUAUGUGCAUACUGCUGAUCGAUGAAGAAUUUCAACAACCGGCAGCAGAAUGCUUGCUACAGAUAGUAAACCGAAAGGGACAAAUCAAGGACCGGAAGCCACUGCUUCUACUGUUUGACGAAGUUCCGGUAGGUCACUAUUAUCGUGCGGCAUUGCAAACCGAACGCAUGAACAGUGAAUCGUAUUAUACAUUUUUGAAAAAGUUGAUUCAAGUGUUGAUCGGACUGGCAGGACAGCUUACUGGCUUAUGGGGAAAAGAGGACUGCCAAAUACCCCGACAAAGUCUUGCGACUUUCCUGGAAACGGUUCUGGUUUUUACACGUCACUCGAGCUUUACCCUCAAUCAAUCGGCAGCGUUGAUUUGGAUGAGCCUGCUAAAGCACGAACAACUCUCUCGCGAUGCCAUGUUGCUGGAAUACAUUCCGAAAGUAAUCGAACUGAUUGGUCCAAAGAUCAUCAAGGUUGGUUAUCCAACCUCAAGGCCGACUGAAAUCGUUAUGCAUCCGCAGACGUUCAUAAGUAUAGACUACGAUAGCGAGGAGGAAUGGUUGAUGUUCUUCGCUCGCUGCCGCACGGAUUUGUUGGAGAUCUUUCGACAAGCCACAAUUGUGGCGCCUCUAGUGACGUUUUCAUACUGUGAACAAUGGCUUAAUGCACGCCUGCAGAAAUCACAUUCGGAACGUAACACCACGUGUAGCGUAACCGAUCCCGUAUAUCUUGAAUGGGAUGCACUGGUGAAUGUGCUAGACGGCGUGCUGUCGAGAAUCCUGCUAGUUACCGAGCGCCCGUCGGUCGCUACCGGACUUCACCUGUUAGAAGAAUGCCUCAAAGUCGAAUCCAAUGAUCCACUAAUUUUGUCAGUACUCCUGUCAUGCAUUUCUGCUCUGUUCGUGUUUCUCAGCAUGUCCUCCUGCCAGAUAACGUCUGCCAAUUGUGUCGCCAUGUCCGGAGUUCAACUAUUGCCAAGGGUUCUGGAUAAAAUAUUUGCCGCCCUGGUAUUUCAAAUACCCGGAGAAACUCGUAUCUCCCGAUCGAAGGCAGUGAAAAAUCAACGCCGUCAUGCGGCAUCUCUUAUGGUCAAGAUAGCUCACAAGUAUCCCUUGCUGCUGCUGCCCAUCUUCGACCAGAUCAACACUAGCGUUCACAAUCUCAUUCGUCAGCACGGCCAGCUGAGCAAUGUCGAGCAAGUAACUCUACUGGAAGCCCUCCUGUUGAUAUCCAACCAUUUCUGCGACUACGAGCGCCAAAGUAAUUUCGUGGUAGAAAUUACUCGCGAUGGAGUGGCUCUCUGGAUGCAUUUAGCUCCGAUCAUAAAGAAUGCACACACUUUCAUAGAUUUCGUCGGCUUGAAUAAACCUCCCGUGCAGCCCGGCAGUAACGUGCCAGAUCCAUACAACGUCAAUCGAGGCCAGAUAUUGUAUGCCCUCAAUCUGAUUCUCGGUGUGAUCAAGCGAUGCUCUUGGCCGGACGAUCCGGACCGUUGCUCUCGUGGCGGUUUCGUUGUGGCGCUGACCGAAUCCGGUAACCCUAUCUGCCGCAACCCAGCUACGUCGCACGUUGUUCCGCUGCUGCCACAUAUUCUCGCUUUGAUGCGAGUUUUCAACGAACUGUGGAAGCCAGAUGCCAUGGCCGCCGUUCAUGAGUACUUCAAGAGUGCGAACGGUAUGCAAGAGCACGAAAAAAAGCAACUGCUUGGUGUUUCGUCCGUGCUUCAGGAUCCGUUGGAUCCCAGCGUAAAACGACCGCCGACAGCCUACGAGCGUAUGCAAACGUUCCUCUCGCAAACAUUUGAACACUGUUAUCAUAUGAUGGGAGCGGCCGGACCGUCUCUCGGUCGAGAUUUGUACGCAUUGCCUGGCAUCGCAGAUGCUCUGAUUGGAAGCAUUUUUGCAAGCUUGGAAAAUGUUCCCGAUUUUCGCUUGCGCGUGCUGGUUCGAGUCUUUUUCAAACCGUUCGUCUACUCCUGUGCUCCAGUUUUUCACGAAACCGUUUUACUGCCCAUCUUUGCCCAUUUGGCACCAUUCAUGCUUACAAGACUGACCGCUCGCUGGCAAUACAUCACUGGACUGUACGAAUCCGGCGAGCUCGGUGAAGAUAUUAACGAUACCCAGGAGGUGCUCGAAGAUAUGCUGAAUCGCUCGAUGACCCGUGAAUACAUCGAUGUGCUGAAAGUUGCACUGGUCGGUAGCACGGUAGAUCCGACUGCGGCCAACACCAAUAACGAAGCCAGCAUGGACCAGGAUGACCAGAGUAUGGAUGGACCUCCACAGGCACUGUCUAGAGCCGCCCAGUCAGCAAUGACCUCGGAAGUGAUCAGCGAUUUGGGUGGAAAAUUGCUGCGCAAUCAGUACACCUGCACUCCGAUUGUGAUGACGGUUUUGAGCGUCCUCUCGUGGAACGACAGCAACUCAAGCCUCAAGGCAACAUUCCUCAGUGGUCCUGUAAUACGUUUUCUUGCAUCCGAACAACUGAUAACCGAAACGUUAGCCUCGAACAUAAUAAUCGCCGUUUUGCAAGGACUCCAAUUGCAUGGUCAGCAUGAAGCAAAUCAGGCAUCACUUAUAACACUCGGUGUACAAGUGUACGAAAUUCUUCGGCCAAAGUUUCCUAACAUUCUCGAAGUGCUACAGCAAAUUCCCAACAUUAGCGCAGCGGACAUUCAGAAGCUGGAUGAGAAGAUUUCCGUUUCGGCUAACACGAAGGGCAACAAAAUCGACAAGGCCAAGAAAGAUCUGUUCAAGAAGAUCACCUCGCACAUUGUCGGUCGCAGCGUUGGCCAGCACGGUAAGAAGGAAGUUCGUAUUCUUAACUUACCGCCAAUCAUCACGCCGACGGUGUCAGCAGCUGGACGGUACAAUCUUAUUGAUGGCGCCCAGGAGACGGGUUUGGCUCAUUUGUUCGCCAGUCGGAGUUAGUUUUCUCUCCCGUCCGCCGCCACCACUUUGCUAUCCUAUCAAAUAGGACACUGUUGCUUAGAUUCUAAAAUUGUUAGGCUUUCUUGUCAAUUUUCCUACCGCCGUUUUCUCUCGGUACCAGUUUAUUGUUUCUAAUUGCUUAUCAGUUAAGGGCAGAUCAAAGCAAUCCGAUGCUUGUUUAUUGUGCUUCUCAUUCUAUUUUAAAUAAUAUUUUAUUUAUUCUGCUGCAAGUGAGAAAGCAAAAACCCAGUUUUUCGAACAAUUGUAAAAUUUAACUCGAACAGCAUCUGCUUAAAUGAGUUUUGUAUUUAUUAAUUUGGAAUUUGUUAGAGCUUUGAAAGGUGUCGCCUAAAUCAAAUUACGAAAAAAAAACAUUCUGAAAAAGCCAUCGCAGUAGGAAUUAUCGAAACCGAUAAGUCGAUUUUGUAGAAACAAAAGAAAUGUUAAGUGUAGGUAGUGUGGAUAGUAGUACCGUAUAAGCGAAUUGAGACUGUGAAUCACAAACGACAUCCACUUGCGUCUUGCAGUCUUCGAGGCAUCACUCUAUGAAGGCUACAAGGAAACAUAAUGUAGUUCCAUAAUUAAAUCAUUGAAGACAAACAGUGGUGCUCGAACGCCCCGGGAAAUACUGAUUAUGU